GAAGCUGAGAGAGAGCUGACAGCAGAGCAGAGAGCAAAACAGAUAGAGGGUUAUAAGUACUGGAUUAUCACAACUGUCUUCAAUAUUUUAGUAUAUCUUGUAUUUAUUGCCAGCCAUGGAGUUGUCUGAAAUACUUUACAACAAAGCAGAGUACAUUGAAACGGCUUCUGGCAACAAAGUGAGCAGACAGUCAGUGCUGUGUGGGAGUCAAAACAUCGUACUCAAUGGCAAGACUAUUGUCAUGAAUGACUGCAUCAUCAGAGGAGACCUGGCUAACGUCAGGGUGGGCAGACACUGUGUGGUGAAGAGCCGGAGCGUCAUUCGACCACCAUUCAAAAAGUUCAGCAAAGGGGUGGCGUUCUUCCCGCUGCACAUCGGAGACCACGUCUUCAUCGAGGAGGACUGUGUGGUCAACGCGGCACAGAUAGGUUCCUACGUCCACAUUGGCAAGAACUGUGUCAUAGGUCGUCGCUGUGUGCUGAAGGACUGCUGCAAGAUCUUAGACAACACCGUGCUCCCUCCUGAGACCGUGGUGCCGCCUUUUACCGUCUUCUCUGGAUGCCCAGGUCUAUUUUCGGGAGAGCUCCCAGAGUGCACGCAGGACCUCAUGAUUGAUGUAACCAAGAGUUAUUACCAGAAGUUCCUUCCUCUCAGCCAGAUCUGAGUCCUGCCUCCAAACCGUCGGUAGGAUCCACACCCUUUCCAGCCAGUCGGGGUCUCUCACCAGAAAUGGACUCUGAGAGCUCACCUUCUGUCCUUCACCUCACAAAGGCCCCGACUUUCUCUGCCCCAAGGAGGACAAACAUGUACUUUUAAGAACAUUUCUAUGAUUUCACAGUAGUUUAUAGCUGCAGGAGGCGAUUGCAAUGAGUCUUGAAAAGUCUUUACUAAACUGUACACAGCACGCUCAUGUUUACCAUCCAGAGGAUCAAAGGUAAUCACAAUCUUUGCUCUCUGACAGCAGCUGUAGGUGAAGAUGAGAAAGGGGAGGAGCUAUGAAAGGAAGGAGUGUGUGCAGGUGUAUGAACACAGCUUGUAAUAUACUGUAUGACACCCGUGGACCAAAACAAAAGCAACAGCAGCUGUGAUUGAGGAUGUUGGCUGUACGUGUGAGUCAUUCAUGUCCACAUUUCAUUUGGGAAACAGAGCAUCACACUUAAAUCAGCGAUUUGUGAAAUGUAUUGUUUGUCAUUUUAUUCCUAAUGAUGAACUUUUUUGCUUUCUCCUUCACUGGCUUAUGAGAUUUGUCAUAAAACGUAUUUAAUACAGUGGAUUUUUAUUUUGUUAUGUUUCUAAUGAUCAACUGACCCCUGUGUCAUUUUUCUGUGUGCAUACAAUAUCCAAAGCAAACAUCUAAAACGGUGCAGCAAUUAAAUAAAUACGAAUGCUUAAACUUA